AUGAGUGUGCCGUGUUUACUACGGGAGCUGUGCGACGUACCGCCAACGGCGGUCAGGGAGAGUCAACAGUUCAAGUCCCUUGUAGCAUUGAACCCAGACAGAGCUGAUCUCUUGGCUGCCAUUCUUACAACCCAACAACAUUCCAUCUCCUGCCUCUACACUAUAUGUCAUCUCCUUGAGGAAUUAUCUGGUCCAUGGCCAGUCUUCCAACUCAUCAAGACUUACACACGCAUCUACACUCAACUCCCAGAAGAUGCCAAGACAAAGAGUACUCACGAGCUCUCUUCCCUAAUUGAGCGAGCUUCAGCGCUAGUUAAGAGCUCUUAUACAUCCUUUGCGCAGUUCAUUGGGUGCGAUGACAAGCCAGCCCUACGUGCCCCAACAGAUGAGGAUGUCAUCACCCGUCGCGCACUACGACACUUUGUCGACAACUUCCAACUCCCCGUUAACUCAUCAGCCAAGAGACCUGUUGUUUCUAUCGCACUGCCAAAUGGUCCCUUAGUAGCAGCUACAUGCAUCGCGGUCACGACUUACUACACCGCAUCGCCAAUCAACCCGGCCGCUGGAGCAGAACAAUUCCGAGCGGACAUUCUCCAAGCCCGAGCGGACUUUAUCCUCACAACCAAGGAUGAGUACACAAAACUCCAACUCGAUGCCAGUUGGGUAUCAGAUCACAAUAUCCAGAUCUUCAUCAUGGACUGGACUCGAGAUGAGGGCAUCUCGCUAAGGACAAUCGAUGGAGAAGCUAUUCCCACUGGCAGCGCAGAGCGAGUCGCUAACAAGGCUGAUGACAUUGGCCUGAUUCUCUUCACGAGUGGAACGUCGGGUACCAAGAAAGUAGUACCGCUGACAGUCCACUCCAUCAUCGCUGGUGUCGCUUUCGUCAUUGAAUCAUGGGGUCUCACAGCAGAAGACAUCUGUCUGAACAUGAUGCCUCUCUACCACGUAGGAGGUUUAGUUCGAAACAUCUUUGCACCGAUAUUCUCCGGCGGCUCUACAGUCUGUUGUCCCUCCUUCGAUGCCAAUCUCUUCUGGGACGUGGCUGAGACCAUUCAACCAACGUGGUACUACGCUUCCCCAUCGAUGCACUCCAUCAUAAUCGCAGAAGCAGCUGCGCGACCAGAAGCUUUGCGAAAAAGCCGGAUCCGGUUGGCUUGUAACGCUGCUGGUGGCUUAUUGCCCUCUUUGGCGUAUCAGUUGAGGGACACGUUCAACUGCGUCGUCUUACCAAGCUAUGGAAUGACAGAGUGCAUGCCCAUUUCUACACCCCCACUAAACUACCGCCUCGAUCGCGAAGGUACAUCAGGUAUCAGCACCGGCCCCGAACUUACCAUCCUCGACUGGUCCGAACGUACCGUCCCAAAUGGCACAGUAGGUCGCAUCUGUGUUCGCGGCGAACCUGUCUUCCCUGGCUACCUCAAGCCAGAUGGUACAUACGACAAGUCACCUUUCAACGAAGCCGGCUGGUUCGACACUGGCGAUCUUGGAUAUAUGGACGAUGAUGGAUAUCUUUACAUCACUGGUCGGAGUAAAGAAGUUAUCAACCGUGGUGGAGAGCUGAUAUCUCCAUUCGAGGUUGAGAAUGCUAUCAUGACGGCGUCGCGAAUGAGUGACUCGCCCAUCUACGGGAAGGUUGCACAGGCUUUGGCUUUUUCGGCAACGCAUGACGUUCUUCAAGAAGUCGUCGCUAUUGUCCUCGUCACGCCUCCUGAUGCUCCACGUGUUGAUCUGAGGACCCUUCACGGUGCGUUGAAGUCUUCUCUUCAGCAGGCGAAGUGGCCCGUCUUGAUCACGUAUAUGGAUGACCUUCCUAAGAACAACAACAAGGUUCUACGUAUCAAGCUUGGUCAACGGCUUGGACUUCCUUCUAUCACUGAUGACACACCUUACAUGGGUAGGCAUUGGGAUGCCGUUUGUCCUUUGGCUGAUACACCUCUGUCAGAGGCCAUACAGUGCUCGCCUUGUGCUGUUGACUACACCAAGCUUGCGACUCAUAUUGAAGCUCUUGUACCAGAACUUGACGUCUUUUGCCUUCCCAGCACUCACGAUGGUUCUCCAGAAGCCGUCCUUGCGCCUAAGAAGGCUGAGAUCACUAUUGGCUCUGAUAUCGCCAGCAGCAUUCGGCACCAGCUGGCAUCAGUCAUCGACAACUACAUGAUCCCCUCCGAGAUUCACGUCAUGCCUCACCCAUUCCAGAAGGAUCCAUCCGGUAAUAUCGACGUCGAGGUACUCCUCUCAGAACUCGAGCAACUCCAAUUGACAUCACUCAACAAACUAGCAGCCAGUACAGAAGGCCUCGUCACCAAAGCCUUCGCCGAAGUCCUAUCCCUCCCACCGGCAGACAUCCCCGGCGACGCCGACUUCUUCGGUCUCGGCGGUGACUCCCUCCGCGCCGGUCGUCUUCUCUCAAUGCUCCGCACCGAGUUCAGCAUCAGCCUUCCCAUCACAGCAGUCUUUAACGGUGGCACCGUCACAUCUAUCGCUGCACAGAUUGACAAGAUGCUCGAUAGUAAGACCGAUGAGUCUGAUGAACCCAAGGCCAUCGUGGGAUGUACCGAGACUUGCAGUUCUACCAACCCCUUCCUCAUGAUCCUUCAACUCUUCCCACUCGUGAUCUUCUACCCCCUUCGUCGCGCCGUCCAAUGGACAAUCUUCUUCGUAACCCUCGCGCACUCUCAAAAGCUCCCUACCAACCACUCCCUCCCCGGUCGUUUUCUCAACCUCACCGUCUCCAUGCUCAUCGCGCGUAUAAUCAUGGGCUUUGUAUCACCUAUUGUCGGCAUCAUCUGCAAGUGGCUCAUCAUCGGUCGCUAUCGGGAGGGACUGUACCCCAUGUGGGGAAUGUACCAUACACGAUGGUGGCUUGUGCAAAAGAUUGUUGCGAUCUGCGGCAAGGGCUUCUUUGAUGCGAAUGAGACAACGGAGAGGAUUUACUGUCGGCUUAUGGGGGCCAAGAUUGGCAAGAAUGUCAAGCUUGAGGGUGCGGCGAUUGGGGAGUGGGAUUUGAUUGAGAUUGGUGAUGAUUGUAACCUUACAAGAUGCAUCUGUCGACCUUUUGCUGCUGAGGGGAAUACAUCGAUGUAUCUUGGUCGCAUCACCAUUGGAAGCAACUGUUCUGUUGGCGUGUCUUCCAUCAUCGCACCUGGUACCAACAUGCCGCCUGAUACAUGCCUAGGCUUCAACUCAUCAAGCUGGGAGAUGCAGGAUGCAAGUGAGGAGUACAGAGAUCAGCUUCCAAGCGAGAAGCCCAAGCCUCACUGGGUGCUGAAUCUACUCUUCACCAUGCCCCUCAAGCUCAUCGGCCUAUUCCUCUCCGCAGUCCCUUGGAUGGCCGGUCUUGUCGGCAUGGUCACUACACAGGGUCAAAAGGUAAACCACAAGGCCCCAUUGAGGAGCAGUGUGGACUGGUUUACUCAGCCCAACCGAAUCGCCUAUCAUUACCUCGCUCUUGCUCUUGGAUGCCUAUUCGGUCCAUUCUUCCUCUUCGGGUUCGUCAUAUUGGUCAAGUCUACUCUGGACUGCAUCUUUGGCAGGUUAAGAGCCAACUCGCAAUCCACGGUGGAUAUCUGGAGAGCGAACUUGAUCAAGACGCUGUUGCCUGAGGGCAAGCUGCAUCGGAUGACUUCUUUGUUUGGGCAGCACUACGAGGCUACGUCUAUUGCAUUGAGAAUGCUGGGUGCCAAGAUUGGUGAGCGCGUGUACUGGCCUGGUACUGGUCCUACCAUUGGCGAUUACCAUCUCAUUGAUGUUGGUAACGAUGUAGUCUUUGGCUCCCGUUCUCAUCUCGUCACCUCUGAUGGCAUUGGAUCUGAGAAGGUCACCAUACAAGACCGCGCCAUGAUCGCUGAUCGUGUUUGUCUUCUUCCUGGUGUCACAGUCGGUGAACGGACCACUAUGGGCUCUGGUGCCUUGACCAAGAGAAACGGAAACUAUGUCUCUGACGGUACCUACGUCGGCUCCAAGGCAGGCGACGCCGUCUGUUUAUCAAUCGGUAGUGACACCAAGGUCUCUCGCUCUCCCAUUCGCAACAUGCAGUCGGAGGAUACUCUCACCAACGAAAAGAAGUUCAACGAUGGGAAAGACCGCCCUGGCACACAGCCCAGCAUCACAUCUGGAAGCGACACCGAGGCCAGUGAUGGUAAAGGAGACUGGGCACAGCAUCUAUCCCCAUUCGGUCGAGCUUUCUACCUGAAGCUAGCACCUUACCAUGUCCUCGGUCCCUUCGCCAUCUUCUGCUACUCUGCCUUCUUCACAGUCUUCACCGCUGUCUACUGGGAUGUUCCCAGCGUCUCAUCUAUCCAGUUUGUGGGUAUAAUGUUCCGAAGCUCUUUUCCUCGUGGCAUGAACGUCUGGUUCGACCUUGUCGCCAUCUUCCUCACCAUGUUUGCUGGCAUCGCCGUCCUCUCCACGAUCCAAUCCAUCCUUGCGCUGGCCAUCAUCAUUGGAUCAAAGUGGCUACUCAUGGGCCGUCGCAAAGCUGGCAACUAUGACUGGGACAAGUCUCCGUACUGCCAGCGCUGGCAGAUCUUUCUCGGCAUUGAGCGUCUCCGUCGACAAUGCUACAAGGGCAAUGGUAUUCUCAACCUCCUCACCGGUACUCACUGGAUGGUAAUCUACUUCAAGCUCAUGGGUGCCAAAAUCGGCAAAGAUUGCGCACUCUUUGUCAACGGUGCUCCGAGCCUGAUGUUCACUGAGCCUGAUCUUAUCACCCUUGGCGAUCGCGUCGGUGUCGAUGACGCCAGUGUCGUAGCACACAUCAACACACGUGGCAAGUUCGACUUGAACAGAGUUGAGAUUGGCGAUACAUGUGUACUCCGAACGGGGAGUCGACUUUUGAGUGGCGCGCAGAUGAAGAGUGAUAGUUGCUUGUUGGAGCAUACGCUUAUCAUGGGUGGCGAUGUUGUCGAGGAGAAGAGGACGAUGCAGGGUUGGCCGGCAGAGGAGUUUAGCGGAAAACGGAUUUGA